AUGACAACAGGUGGGGAAGGUGGCGACGACGACGGCGACGACGCUUGGGGGACAUGGCGACAUCGUGGUCGUGAGGCGCGACAGCGAUCUGACCCUGGUGAGGACGAGAUCAGAUCUGAAGCUUGGGGUCGAUGUUUUGGGGGAAAUGAAAACAAACAAAACAUAAACCCCACAAAACACGCUAGUUACGAAAGAUUCGUCUCUCCGGCAUCGCUGGGCUCUGUAUCAUUCGCGUGCGGCGAUCGCCGCGAUCGGCGGAGGCGAAGGCGGCCGCCAUCGCCCGAUCUGCUACCGAAAGAUGUGGUGCUUUAUCAGUACGAGGCCUGCCCCUUUUGCAACAAGGUUAAAGCAUUUUUGGAUUAUCAUGAUAUACCAUACAAAGUCGUGGAGGUCCAUCCUUUCAGUAAGAAGGAAAUCAAGUGGUCCGACUGUAAAAAGGUCCCAAUCCUUGUUGUGGAUGGCGAACAGCUUGUUGAAUCAUCAGACAUAAUAGAGAAUUUGAGCCACAGAAUUCAUCCUGAUGAUUGCAUUGGUGAGGAAGAAACAAAAUGGCGAAGGUGGGUGGAUGAUCACCUUGUGCACGUAUUGGCCCCAAAUAUAUAUCGCACCACUUCUGAGGCUCUCGAGUCUUUUGAUUAUAUAGCAAAUAAUGGUAACUUUAGCUUUACAGAGAAGCUCACAGUAAAGUAUGCUGGAGCAGCAGUUAUGUACGUAGUAUCCAAGAAGCUAAAGAAGAAAUAUAAUAUCACUGAUGAACGUGCAGCUCUCUAUGAGGCUGCUGAGACAUGGACCAAAGCUCUAGAAGGAAGAGAUUUCCUCGGGGGAUCCAAACCUAACUUAGCAGAUCUUUCGGUUUUUGGUGUUCUUAGACCAAUUCGGUACUUGAAGUCUGGUAGAGAUAUGGUAGAGCACACGGGAAUUGGUGACUGGUACCGAAGAAUGGAGACUGUAGUUGGGGGGUCUUCACGAAUCCAUGCUUGAAAAUGUAAAGCAACUCAUUGCUGGGUCUUCACGAAUCCACAGCUCUCACUAGUUGCUCAAAUUUUGAUCUAAUAAUAAAAAAAUAACGAACAGAAUCAUUUUGGCCUUGUUUGUUUACUUUUUGGUUUCGUUGUUCAGCUGGGUGGGGUUUCCUUUAUGUAUGGUGGAAUGUAUGUAUGAUCAAUGCGAAGCGUGUACUAUUUGAUUGCUAAAAUAUGGGGAAACUAUUAACAGUUGCUUAAAA